AGCUGAAGACAAAACCAGCUGACUCGCUGCUGACAUGUUGAGAGCCGUUGAGAGGCAAUCGAGAUGCUCCCAAUCUCGGAUCUUGCACCUUUUAACGUUCCCCUACAGCUCGGCAAGGGAAGGACGAAGCAGAAGGAGAAAGCUUUGAGGCGUUUCUCCAUGUCAGAGGACCUGAGUGCCACAAUUUAUCUACCGCAGCAUGAGGCCGGUCAGAGCACGUUGACAGUUUGAGUUGAUUUAUAUUUAUUAUUCAUAGUCCCUACACCAGGAUUCCACCGGCACAUUAGACUUAUGUUAGACUUUCAUUCAAUAUAAGUUAUCAGAAAGUCAAAUCAUGCACUUGUUGUAUUGUUCACAGCUGCAUAAAACUUGCUGUGAAAUUAAUGUUUUUUCAUGAAACCUUCUUUGAGGAUUUUCUUUUGGAUUGAUUUUGAAAUCUGACAUAUUGUUUUCAUCCUGGCUUUAAUCUCAUAAUUAGAACUAUUUUAUGUGGUCCUGACUGUUAGUCAUAGAGAUUCAUUGCUAGUCAUAUAUUUGCAGACACUGUGUAUAUAGCCUGCUAAUGCCUGUUUGUCUUCCGUUGUUUAUGAGGACGCUCCUCGCGUGCCAGUGGCACUGAAAUGCUCAUGUGACUGAACGACACUGCCAACACGACAAACAGCUGUGAAUUUAUUACUCUCCGGUGAUAAAUUCAGCCUGUGGGGCCGACUGUUUUGUUAUUCUGUAACUGUGCCAGCACAGGAAGCGACGUUCAGCCAUUCACUUGUCAAACACUGUCGCCAACACCUUCACUACUUGUGCGAGUAACAAGUGGGACGCCUCAGUAUCACAUUCUUCAGAUUACAAAGUACUUUAGAUUACAGACCUGCGUCCCAGUGGCACAGACGGUUACAAAUGUUUCCCUACUUUUCUUUCUGUAGUCAUUUGGGAAAUAUUUCAGGUGUGGUUAAAAUAAAACCUAAAGGUGCUCUAUGGAGUUUUCUUGUAAUAAAACAAAAAAGUUGUAUUUACAUUCAGCGUCUCACCAAAACACACUGUGUGUGUCCUUGAGGUCUAACACACGCAUCAAAUACAUUUCCUUCUUCAUAAAACAUUUGGAAAAGCUGAUAAAUAUAUAAAUACAUCAUUAUAUUCUGAAUAAUUUACAUCCAUGUGUUGCAGACUUCGUCACUGCCUUUGCGGGCUCAUUACCACUUCUCCUUGCAUCUUAAAGUGCUUUUAUUUUCAUUACAUCUUUUUACAGGCAUGUGAUGAAAAGAACCGCAUACAGUGACUCCAGGGCCGUAGUGCAGCAGACAUACAUUUAAAGAGCUUGUUAAAAGAACUUGCAGCAAUAUGUCUGUCUGUGUGUGUAAACACGCAUAUGUGUGUAUUAUGUGUGACAGAGAAGGAUUUAGGCCGACAGCGAGUCGGCCUUUUGGUGAUGCAAUUUCUGUAUUUACUCUGGGUUUAUAAGGAUUAUAUGACUUGUAUUUGGUGCCUUAACAGUCAUAAAAUGAAACCCCAAUCAGAAGUGAUUGUAUGCAAAUUAAGCGUGGCUGAUGUUUGUGCAGGUUGGUUGGGGCAAUAGUUGAGUCACGAUGGUGCUCGGGGGAGGGCCUUGAAAAAGUCUUGGCAGCGGGGCUCCUUGGCACUUUAACGGGACUAUUCAUCUCAAGUUACCUGUAGUGCUAUUUAUCAAUAUAGAUUGUUUUGGUGCGAGUUGCCUAGUUUUGGUGAUAUCUGCCGUAUGAUGUCCGUUUUCUCUCAAAUAGAAAUGGUAUGGUGUCAUGUGGAAACAGAGAGACAUGUCACCCUCAACAAUUUCAUGUACAGUUUUGGAUUAAUUUAGGUGUAUAGCCCAAAAUCACAAAUUUGCCUCAGAGGGUUUUACAAUCUGUACAGCAUAUAAACUUGAACAUGAUAUUUAUGCUAUUAUAGCACAUAUUAUGACACCUGCACAAUGGAGAAUUCAGUAGUUAAUAAAGUAAUCCAGCAAUUUAGUAUUGCAUAUCCAUCAAGUUGGAGGACUCUUUUAGCCCUCAAGCUAAAAACAAAGAAGAAGCUGAAUCCUAUAUUUCCCACAGUGCAACUCAAUAGUGUUUUUCUUAGACACACCCCCCAUGGCUUUUAUUCUCCGUGCUUCCUGUCUGUAAUGCAGCCUUUCUGCUAAAGCUCAAGUGAGAUAACCCAGAUGACAUCAUCAGACAACAGUUGCACAGUGGCACUCCUUAAAUUGAUCGUUGUGUAAAAUUGCCAGAGUGCCCCUUUUGUCCGGUUGAGCCACACAAAUAUACAAGAAUACAUUUAAGAUAAAGAUUGUUGCAAUAUAUUGACACCAGUUUUUCAUGCAAAUAUUCUCUCCGUGCAUUACCAUGAAGACACAGGGUGACCCAUUGAAACCAAUGGACAAUAUUCAGCACAUCCAGGCCUCAUUCAAAGCAGCCGGCUGAGCUCUUUAGAGAUAAGGACGCUCAGCUCUGCAAUAAAUAGCUUCCGAGAACACCUGAAGCAAACACACACAAACCAGGACCAAUACAUUGAUAUUCAGACAGACGAGUUGUCUCACUGUCUGAGUGGGAAUUGAGAUAUUUCAACAAGAUUCAACGCUCAUUUGAAAUCAUUUCAAGAUUUUUCAGCAGUUAAGUCUUUAAAAACAAGAAAGACUGAGGGGACGUUCAUGGAUGAAAGAUGACAUCAUUUGUUGCAGACUGAGUCUGCAUCCUCAACAUCAGCUGGGCAACACUCGGCAUGUCAACGCUAAUCUGAACAGCUGAACACAUAAAUAUCUACAGUGUGGUCUCUUAUGGCUGACAGCAAUACAGUGACAGCCACUGUCCCCGUCCGCAUCAAUGUCACUGGCAACCUCACUGGCAACCUCUCUGGCAACGCUACCAUACCAGCCGCUCAAGUGAUUAACUGGCUGACGAUAAGCAUCGGGCUGCCCGCUAUUGGACUGGCUAUUUAUACCCUCAAGAAUCUGUCCAAAGGUGAGAACAAAAUUCCCAUGCAUGUCAUAUUCCUCCUGGUCUCUGACAUUAUCAGUUUCUUCGGCCGUCCCAGUGUGGACCAGGACAUGAAAACUGGGCCCUCAAACCCUACCGACUUCAUCUUCUAUUUUGGUGUUGUCACCAACAUCACCCUCAUGCUGGUCAUAGCUCAGGAGCGCCAUCUCGUGGUGGCCUACCCGCAGUGUCUCGGCUGCUGCAGCAGCAUCAGGCAUUCCCCUGCGGUCACCUUGAUGACGUGGGCUGCUCCUUUCGCCAUCUUGGCCCUCGCCGUGUUGCACUACAACUUCUGGUUCGCUGUGUCUCUGCUCGCUCCCUUUCCCUUCCUCCUCUUCUUUGCUGUGGAUUCCUGGAGGGCCCUGAUCUGCUCUCGAUCCAACCCUAAAACCCCAGAGAGGAGGAGGUCGGUGUGGGGGAUCGGUGCGAUCUGGGCCAACUACACCUUCCUCUAUGUCCCCUUCAUCCUCAGCAUCCUCCUGGAGGCUCUGUCCUUUAAGGAAACAGUCACAUACCUGGGACUGGUGUCUCACCUGCUGCUCUUCCUCAGCCCUCUGGUGGACCCCUUCCUCUACAUAUUCAUGACCAAAGGGCUCAAAGAGGUGCUGCAGGCGCUGCCCUGCUGCCAAAACCAAAGUCGGAGAGAGAACAUGACACCCACUGUGGAUACUGUGGCUGAGACCGUGGAGACAAGGCUUUGAGGAGGACAUAGUUUGCAAAAAGGACAACCAUCAGUCUAUUUUGGGACCACACGUACUACUGUUGGAUUUUUGUAGCAGAUACCAAAACCAAAUGUUCUGUCAGAGAUACUUGCUGUACAUGCUUUUCACACUGCAUAUUCUUUGCUCAGGGCUGUCCUAAGAUGUGUGUGUAUGUCCAUUGUAACACAUGACUAGUGUCUACAAUCUAGAGUCACGCGUAAUUACUCUUCAACAGAUUAAGCAGCAAAAAUUUAAUGCAAAUUCCACAGUUUACUGUGGUGGAAAAUAAUCUUUUUUUCAACAUCCCUGUGAGAAAUAACCGUGAUGAGAAAACUCUCAAAAUGUCGUAAAUGUAUUUAUUGAACACUUAGAAUAAUCCAGCUGAAUGGAUAGAGCUCUUUCCCCACAGAUGGUUCGUAGGUCUAACAACAGAAUAGUUUAAUAAAGUAUAUACACAUUAUCUUGUCUCCCCCUUCCCCCUUCGCAGACAUCCUCCUCCUCCUCUGUCUGCCGAGACAUCCGCCAAGGCCAAGGUCCCAGCCUUGGCCUUGUUUUCAGUGGAAGAGGGUUAAUUGGUGAGAUCAAGAUGACACUACAGCAAGCCAGACAUGAAAAUACCUUCGAUAUGACAACAUUUAUUAUUUGGGUUUGGAUGAGUUUGGAUGGCCUCGUCUGCAUAUGUUCAGUUUUAAGCGAUGCAAGUUAUUUCUAAAAGAACAACAUGAUAAAUUGCCACAACAAUUUCACUUUCACUUUCGUAGUCCUCAUCUAAGGGAGGAAAACGGCCCACUGGUAGCUUUUAGCUUACCUCGCAUGUUAGCUGGAUUCUUGCAAUGUCAAAUAUCACACGAAAAUCCAUCUGUCAGGCUUCAAGUAAUGGCAGCUACGGGCUUGGCUUAAGUGUGUGCGACACGGCGCAGAGAGGCAGCCGCUCGUUCUAAACAAUGACGGCUCCUGAAGAGGUUCGCUUAGAUGCUACAAUAUUAAAAUGUUAUAUCAGAGAAUGUUUCUUCACUAAAAGAAGAGCAAAGAACACUGAAGGCUUUUCUCUUUGGAGAAGAUGUUUUCCCUAUUCUCACGACUGGCAAAAGUUUGAUGGACAGAUUCAUCCAAUCGUCGGCCGAGUAUGAUUUGAAAUGAUCCGGCCUUCUCCAAACAGUUUCCAAUGACGGCUCCUCAGCUGGUUCUGUGUAACAAACCAUCUGGCUAGUCAGAUUAGCUUUUAGAACCGUCUGUAGUUGAAUUUCACUGGAUAACCCAGCAAACUCAAAGCUAAUCCUCCAGAGCAGUGCCAGCAAGCCCCAGGCUAAAGCUGGGCUUAGCCCACUUUGGAUCUGCCAAUGUGAAAGUGUUUUAGCCCCAGGCUAACCUCUCACUUAGCUUGGGUCUAAGUGCCGUGAAGCCUUUUACAUCCAGGAACUGACCAUUUACAACCAGAACAGGGAAGGCUCUGCUCUUGAUCAACA